GUGGCCAAGCGUCACGCCGAACUCAUCAAUGGUAUCAACGCAAUGUACGCCACAUUGAUCAAGAUGCGAUAUCUUCGCGAGGACGAAGUCAUCUACCCUCCGUACGGCGUGUGUGGAAAGCCCGCUGUGGCUGUCGAACAACUACGAGCUGCCGGAUUCGUUCCCGAAGUGAUUGCCCUCAUGGAGUUGCUUCCUUAUCCAUCAAAUGAGGCUCUGGAAUACUGGUCAGAUCAGGAGGAGGGUGUGCCGAUCGCACCAGAUAGUGGUGCCAUGUCAUAUCUCGAAGGUCAUGACUGGGACGGCACGAUAGCAACAUCGAGACAACCACUUAGAGCUGGCGAAACUGGUUUGCCAGCCUGGGCGUUCAAAAUCACAUUCUGUGGGAGUAAUUGGGGCACUGAAUAUUUGUACGACACACGAGACAGUAAGUCCAGCAUACACACGACAGCAAACUUCACACGCUGACAGAUUGCUUUGCAGGAAGAAUGAGACGCUGGGCUUCCAAGAGCGAAAACACAGAAUACGAGCAUCAACCCAACAGAGGGACAGAACAAUCCUGGGAUCUUCUGCGGAACGAAAUACUCAGCCUGGAUUGGAUCCCAUGGCGUGAUGAAGGCGAAUGCUACCAAACACUCAACAUACACGCACGACCAAGCCUGCUCUCCGGCGUAGGCGGAACGAAUCGAUACGAAGAAUAUGAUGGCGAGUCUGAAAUGAUGGACGACCAAUAUGCGAAGUUGAAGCAACACAUCGAAGCGGCUCGGAUGAGCAUCCCGGCCUUGAAUGUUGCCUUGAAGAUGCGACGGAAAAGAUCAGGCACACUGAGCAUCGACGACCUCAAGCAACUUGCCGCCGAGCACAGGAUCUCAAUCGAUCACUCUCCCACACGGCAAGUGCGACCAGAAGGCUGGGGCAUUGGUAUGGUGUUGGACGGGGUUGAGCGAAACGCGCCAGAGAACAAAGCACUACGGAGCAAGAUCUUGUCCAUGCGAAACGCCAGUGCCCAGCAACUGCGCAACACAGCAAUCGAGUAUGGUUGUGAGAUACCCGAAGUACCGAGCCCACCACCAGCACCGCCAUUGCAACUCGACCCCAAGGUAGAGGUGGCCAAGGCUGUGCGGAACAUGUUUGCUGUGAAGCGACAGUUGUUCCGAGAUUGUGGCUGGGAGGAGAGGUUCAAUGGUGAUGAGUUUGAGAGAAAGCGAGAGGACCUGCUGACCGAGUACCACUCUUUCUUCUCGCUCCUUGGUCCGAGAGGUCAAGAUAUCCACGAUGCCGUCGAGGGAGCGUGGUUGAGGGAUUGGUUCAAGCAGAAGGCUGGCGAGAGAGCUGUUUAAUUAAUUACGACAUAAUGAACAUGAAAGCAAUGAAAGAUAUGUGAUGCAUAGCGCUUCUGCCUGCAACUUGAAUUGGGUUCGUUCGUGAUAGUCGUUUCCUCAUUAAGGGGCAGAGUUCGAGGGCCAAUA